AUGUCCGGACGGGGAUCUGGCAAGACUGGUAUACCCAGCACUGUAUUUGUGCAGAUAGUUAGCAAGCCCAAGCCACUUGCGAAGGUUCUUUUUAAGCCGUGGCGUGGGCCAGGCCGCUAUGACCUUUUCGGUAUCUGCACGGACCCCACGGCGUCUGCCGAAACAGCCAAGGACCUUGAUCUCUUCAACCGCAAAGCCGCACUAGCCAAUGUUGGCACAAGCUUGUUAGCUUGCAUUACCUCAAACACCGGCGAAGAAGGCACCGAUGACCUCGCACUGCUCACGGGGCAGAGGCCACUGCUGAAUUACUACAAGAUUGUAUGCCAAUUAUUGAAGAUCUCGGAAAAUAUCGGCAAUCCGACCGCUGCAAAGCAAGUGCAGUAG